AUGCUCUACGUCGAAGGUGACAAACUAGUCUUCCGCUUUGACGACCACCUUCUAUGGGUGCAACCAUGGGGUGAGCAUGCGCUCCGUGUUAGGGCAACGAAGCUGUCGUCGAUGCCAAAUGAAGAUUGGGCCCUUUCCACGAAGCCCGCAGCAAACCAGACAGCGGUCGAGACGCCGGAGGGGAAGGAAGCAAGUAUCUCGAACGGCAAGAUCAAGGCCAUUGUCUCCCGGCGUGGCAAGCUGAUUAUCUACAACUCCAAGGGGGAAAAGCUCUUGGAGGAAUAUGCCCGUCAUCGCCGCGACCCGAUGGACCCGAAAUGCAGUGCCUUGGAGAUCGAGGCACGGGAGCUGCGGCCCAUCUUGGGGGGAGACUUUCACCUUACCCUGCGUUUCGAAUCGUUGGAUCCAAAGGAGAAGAUAUUCGGAAUGGGUCAAUACCAACAACCUAAUCUGAACCUCAAAGGGUCGGAUAUCGAGCUGGCUCACCGCAACUCUCAAGCCAGUGUGCCUUUUGCGCUUUCUUCCCUGGGCUAUGGUUUCUUGUGGAACAACCCCGGUAUUGGACGGGCGGUCUUCGGAACCAACACCAUGAGUUUCGAGGCCUAUUCGACCAAAACCCUGGAUUACUGGGUGGUGGCUGGAGACAGCCCAGCUGAGAUCGAAGAGGCAUACAGUAAGGUCACUGGUUAUGUUCCCAUGAUGCCUGAAUACGGCCUGGGUUUUUGGCAGUGCAAGCUCCGAUACUGGAAUCAAGAGCAACUUCUUGACGUCGUACGGGAAUAUAAGAAAAGAAAUAUUCCUCUGGAUCUGAUUGUCAUCGACUUCUUUCACUGGAAGCACCAGGGAGAAUGGAGCUUCGACCCUAAGUACUGGCCUGAUCCUGAUGCCAUGGUGAAAGAGCUCAAGGAGUCUCACGUUGAGCUCAUGGUGUCCGUCUGGCCUACCGUCGAGAACGCCUCUGAGAAUUUCCCCGAAAUGCUGGAACGCGGCCUUCUGAUUCGACACGAUCGUGGGUUACGGAUUGCGAUGCAGUGCGAUGGAGACAUCACACAUUUCGACGCGACCAAUCCGGAAGCUCGCAAGUAUGUCUGGGAAAAGGCUAAGAAGAACUACUACGAGAAGGGUAUUAAGGUGUUCUGGCUGGAUGAAGCCGAGCCUGAAUACUCCAUCUACGAUUUUGACAUUUUCCGCUACCAUGCCGGCAGCAACCUCCAGAUUGGAAACAUCUUCCCCAAGGAGUACGCCAAAGGCUUCUACGAAGGCAUGACCGCAGAAGGGCAAAAGAAUAUCGUGAACCUGCUCCGGUCCGCCUGGGCGGGCAGUCAGAAGUACGGGGCCCUCGUGUGGAGCGGUGACAUUGCAUCGUCAUGGGGCGCAUACCGCAAUCAACUAUCCGCCGGCUUAAACAUGGGUCUAGCCGGAAUCCCCUGGUGGACUACAGAUAUUGGCGGCUUCCACGGAGGCAAUCCGGACGACCCUGCUUUCCGGGAGCUCUUCACCCGAUGGUUCCAAUGGGGUGCGUUCUGUCCAGUGAUGCGCUUGCAUGGCGAUCGUGAGCCGAAACCCGAAGGCCAGCCCACCGCUUCAGGAUCUAACAACGAAGUCUGGUCCUAUGGAGAGGAGGUGUACGAGAUAUGCAAGAAGUACAUCGGCAUCCGUGAAGAGCUCCGAGACUACACGAGAAGCCUCAUGAAGGAGGCUCAUGAGAAGGGCACCCCAGUGAUCCGCACCCUGUUCUAUGAAUUCCCCGAGGACAAGAAGGCCUGGGAUGUAGAUACCGAGUACCUGUAUGGUUCCAAGUAUCUUGUAGUCCCAGUACUGGAAGCAGGACAGCGCAAGAUUAGUGCUUAUCUGCCUAAAGGCGCAUCGUGGAAGCUCUGGGGAGAAGAGAAAUCCCACGAGGGAGGACAGGAAGUCGAGGUUGAUUGCCCGAUUGACACCAUGCCCGUCUUCGUCAAAGUUUAG